GAGGGCGGUGCCCGCCUUCUUCCUACCGCCGCGACCCCAGGCCCGGGUCCCGGCCGCAGAGGAGACGGCGCGGGCAGAGGCUGGCGGGUCAUGCCCUGCUCGCCCCGCGCUGCGCAACUCUGGGACUUGGUCCUGGGCGUCUUGGGCACCGCCGCCUUCCUGACCGACCUGGGCGUCGACCUGUGGGCUGCCAUCCAGUAUGUGCUCAGCGGCCGCUACUGGUGGGGCGCGCUGGUGCUGGCGCUGCUGGGCCUCUCCUCCGUCGUGCUGCAGCUCUUCAGCUGGGUCUGGCUGCGCGCCGACCCCGGCGGCCUGCACGCGUCGCAGCCCGCGGGCGGUUGGCUGGCGCUGCUGCAUCUCCUGCAGUUGGGCUACCUGUACAGGUGCCUGCAGGGGCUGCGGCAGGGGCUGCUGGUGUGGCGGCAGGAGGUGCCCUCCGAGUUCGACCUGGCCUACGCCGACUUCCUCGCCCUGGACAUCAGCAUGCUGCGGCUCUUUGAGACGUUCUUGGAGACGACGCCUCAGCUCACGCUGGUGCUGGCCAUCGUGCUGGAGAGCGGCCGGGCCGAGUACUACCAGUGGGUCGCCAUGGGCGUGUCCUUCCUGGGCAUCUCGUGGGCGCUGCUGGACUACCACCGGGCCCUGCGCACCUGCCUCCCUGCCAAGCCCCUCCUGGGACCGGGCUCCUCUGUGAUCUACUUCCUGUGGAACCUGCUGCUGCUGUGGCCCCGAGUCCUGGUGGUGGCCCUGUUCUCAGCCCUCUUCCCCCACUACGUGGCCCUGCACUUUGUGGGUCUGUGGCUGGUGCUGCUGUUCUGGGUCUGGCUUCAGGGCACGGACUUCAUGCCAGACUCCUGCUCCGAGUGGCUGUACCGGGCCACUGUGGCCACCAUCCUGUAUUUCUCCUGGUUCAAUGUGGCUGACGGCCGCACCCGAGGCCGGGCCACCAUCCACCUGGCAUUUCUCUUGGGUGACAGCAUUCUCAUCGCGGUCACCUGGCUGACAUAUGGCGCCUGGCUGCCCAGCUGGAGCCUGCUGCAGAUCUUGCUGCCCAUGGGCGCCGUCUGCUUCUUUCUGGGUCUGGUUCUGCGGCUUGUCUAUUAUUGCUGGCUGCACCCCAGCUGCCGCUGGGAGCCCGACCAAGUGGACGGGACCUUGCGUUCUCGCUCCCUCUGGGAGCCCGACCAAGUGGAUGGGACCCUGGAUUCCCGCUCCCGCCAGUUUCAUCAGCUGCCUCAGAACAAGCGCAUGACUAAGUUGGCUCAGAACUUUUUCCCUAAGGCGAGGGGUGAGACUGCUUUGCCAUGGAACAGAGACAUGAAUGGGGUCCUUUGAGGCGCGUCAGCCCCAGCCAGGGGCCCGUGGACAGAUGGAGUCAGAUGGUAGGAUACGGAAGAUAAGCUAAUUAUGCUGCUAUGGGCCUUGGUUCUCUCAACAGGCACCUGAGGCUUGCUGUGUGCAGCGCUCUGGAGGCCAGAGUGGAGACGGGCCUGCCUGGAGAAUGGGAGUGAGAUGAGGUGGGCUGGGCCCUGGAGAGUCAAGGGCCCUGAUUAUGUACAAGACACUUUGAGAGGGAAGGAAAGACCUUCUUUCCUCCCUCAGCCCUCAGUGCCUACCAGCGUAGCUGGUGUCCCAAAGCAUCUGUGUUGAUACUUUUACCUCUCCAGUCACCUCUAACAUAACUGCUGAAGGUGGCGUCCAACUCCUGGGUUCCAGUACCUCCAGGAUGUGUUCUCUGGAACCCUUCCCCUGCCCCGCCCCAGUCAUUCAGUUCAUUCAACAUGUUAACUGUGUUCUGUGCCAAGAACAUCAUUCUAUAGCUUGGGAGCUGCAACAGGAUCAGCAGGCACCCUUGCUCCAUUCCUUCUUCUCUCUAGGUUCUCCUGGGCAGGCACUCAGACUGGAAGCCAGGGAUGCCCAACUGGCUGGCCCUUCUCAGCCCCUCCUCCGCCUUAGUGAAGCUGGCCCAGCCCGGAUCUUACUCUCGAGGGGCCACUGUCAAUCAAGUGCUUUGUGAACCUGUGGUUGGGGCUGUGGCUCAGCCUGUUGGUGUUUUUUUGUACUUUGGACCAUGUAUUUUCUACCUCAGUCUAAGAGAGGAAGAGGUGUGUGCACGUUUCUGCAAGUGUUUUGUUUAACAGUAUUAUUAGGUUAUUAUUAAAGCCUCAUGAAGUCCUCCAACUUAGUCAUGUCUUUAAAUCUAUGGCAUUCAAAGCCACCUGGAGAGGGGUCAGGGACAGUCCUCCCUUGCAGCGUGGGUAAAGGCCCUGGGACCAGGGCUGCACCUCUUAAUCUUAUCUUGGAAGUUUGAGGAACUCGUGCAUUAACAUGGGGUUAUCAAGUGGGCAUCGGAACCCAGAUCUGGGCUGAUGCCAGUGUGUGCGCUCUUA